AUGAGGGCCCAGCUGCGCCUGACGGAGCAGGGCCCUGGGAACCUCCUGCUCCUCUGUGGCUGCAGGAGGUCGAGUCCCAGCACCUGGCUCCGAAAUUUGCCCACCUUUGAGGGGCAGAGACCGGGUCCCUAUACAUACAGAUCCUCCAGUGAGGCUGAGCCGCCUGCCCCCAGCCCACUCCUGCAACAUGCACGCAUUCCUCACUUCAAGGUCUGUGCUGUGAAAUGGCUUCAAGUAAACAAACACCUGCAGGAGGCAGCAUGUCAGCAUGUGACUUCGGGCUCCAAGCCAACAGCUCUGUGGGGUUACAUCUUCAUCAACCUCCAGGGCAAUGUCACAAUAGCGACAGCUCCUGCAAGGCUGGCCCUGCAGGGCCCAGCCCACGGGCCUGCCCAGGUCCACCUGUCUGUCCAGGACACUCUGUCCAGGACGCUCUGUCUGUCCAGAUGCUCUGUAUUCAGGGACGGUCUGUCCAGGCCUGCCUUCCACAGAGGCCUCAGCCCUGGGCUCACCCUGACCCUGCAGCUGCCCACGGCUAGCCCAGGACCCCUCAGAGAACAGGUGGAGCACGUUCGGGAAAACUUCCCAGGCCUUUGUAUGAAUGGAUCUUUUCCAAAUGCAGGUUCCUUUUGGAAACAGAUGGGCGAUAGCUGCGCGUUUGGAGGGAGGAAACCCUGGAGCCUCCAAGAAGACGCCCCUCCCCGCACACACACGGCACCCAUGCCCACAACACGCAGACCUGCUGACCUCUGUGCCCACGGGUCCUCCUCAGGGAAGUGAUUGCAAACGUGUGAAGUCAACACGUGGGAUGAUGGUGACGGAGCCACACACACCAAGACACAGAUGCACAGAUAGUUCUCUAAAAACACAGCCACGAGCCCUGGCCGGUAUGGCUCAGUGGAUAGAGCGUUGGCCUGCGGACUGAAGGGUCCCGGGUUCAAUUCUGGUCAAGGGCGCAUGCCCAGGUUGUGAGCUCGGUCCCCAGUAGGGGGCAUGCAGGAG